AUGAUUCAACAUGGACAAUUAGCUACACGAGUUGCACAAAGAAAUCACACAACUUGUACCAAUUUUUUACUUGUGAAUAGAUCUCCAUCAUUAAAGCUUGCACGCCAUUUUGCAACAUUGAAGCCUAAAAAGGAGUUUAGAUCAACAUACAAUGCCAAAACAGUAGAAGAAGGAUGGUAUGAAUGGUGGCAAACACAGGGGCUUUUCAAAGCCAGUAGUGCGGAUUAUUCUCAAAUAAAGAGUGAAAGGAGAUCUUUUACGAUGAUCACACCACCACCAAACGUGACAGGUUCUUUACAUAUAGGUCAUGCGUUAACCUUCAGUAUUCAAGACGCUAUAGUGCGUUGGAAACGUAUGAAUGGUUACGAUGUACAAUGGAUUCCCGGUACAGAUCAUGCAGGCAUAGGUACACAAUCUGUGGUAGAAAAGAGAUUAAUGAAAGAGAAAGGCUUAACACGACAUGAUUUGGGACGAGAACAAUUUGUCAAAGAGAUAUGGGAUUGGAAGGAGAAUUAUGGAAAUCGUAUCUUGCAUCAAAUGAGAAAGCUUGGUGCCUCUCUUGAUUGGGACCAAGAGUUUUUUACAAUGGAUAAAUCUCGAUCAGAAGCGGUCAAGAAUGCAUUUAUACGUCUUUAUGAGGAUGGAUUAAUUUAUCGUAAUACUCGUCUUGUGAAUUGGUGUUGUGCAUUAGAAACAGUCAUCUCUGACAUUGAAGUCGAUUAUAAAGAUAUUACAGGAAGAACUUUUCUAAAUUUACCUGGCAGAUCUAAGCCAGUGGAAUUUGGAGUAUUACAUAAUUUUGCAUAUAAAGUAGUAAACCCUGAUCUAAAAGGAAUUCAAGAAUUAAUUGUAUCAACUACACGUAUUGAAACAAUGCUUGGUGAUUGUGCAGUAGCUGUUCACCCUAAUGAUAAAAGAUAUAAAAGUUUACAUGGUAAAUAUGUAUACCAUCCAAUAUUAAACAAAGAAAUUCCUAUCAUUUGUGAUGCGCAGCUUGUUGAUAUGAAUUUCGGUACUGGUGUUGUUAAGAUUACACCUGCUCAUGAUCCAAAUGAUUAUGCAUGUGCUAAACGUCAUCAGCUUCCAAUUCAAAAUAUUUUUGACAAAAAAGGAAAAUUAAAUAAAAAUUGUGGUGUACCUGAAUUAGGCUAUGAUCGUUUUGAAGUACGUGAUAUUAUUAUAAAUAAAUUGAAUGAAUUUGGAAGUUAUAAAGGUAGAAAUGAUAAGCAUGUAAUGCGUAUAGCUACUUGUUCAAGAUCAGGUGAUAUUAUUGAGCCUUUAUUAGAACCUCAAUGGUACAUUAAAUGUAAAGAACUUGCAGAUUUAUGUAAGAAACAAGUAGAGCUAAAUGAAAUGAAAAUUAUCCCCGACCAAUCAAAACAAGACUGGUAUCGCUGGCUAGACAACAUUCAAGAUUGGUGCGUAUCUCGGCAAUUAUGGUGGGGACAUGAAAUUCCAGCCUAUCAAAUUAAGUUUAACAAUGAAGUAAAAAAUCAAGAGGAAUUGUGGGUAACGGGAUCUGACAAAAUAGAGGCUAAAAUCAAGGCUGUAAACCUAUUAAAACAGAAAGGUUAUCCAGAAGCUACUCCAUUUAAGCUUGUUAAGGAUCAAGAUGUAUUAGAUACCUGGUUUUCUUCUGGAUUAUUACCUCUAUCAGCAUUAGGAUGGACAGGUAGAAAAGGAGAAAAAAUUCCAAAUCGCUAUCCACUUCAAAUUAUGGAAACUGGUUUUGAUAUAUUAUUCUUUUGGGUUGCACGCAUGGCUAUGUUGUCUAAUCAUUUUACAGAUCAUAAAAUACCAUUUGAAACAGUUUAUUUACAUGCCAUGGUUAGAGAUGCUCAAGGACGUAAGAUGUCUAAAUCAUUGGGUAACGUUAUUGAUCCACUUCAUGUUAUUGAAGGUGUAACUCUGCAAGAGAUGAAAAAUAAUGUGUUACACUCAAAUCUACCUAAGAAGGAAAUUGAAACGAGUAUUCGUAAUUUAGAAAAAGAAUAUCCGAAUGGAAUUCCUGCUUGUGGUACAGACUCGUUAAGGUUUUCACUUAUACAAUAUACACAACAAUCAAGACAAAUUAAUUUAGAUAUCAAUAAUGUUAUUCAAACCUCCUAUUUCUGUAAUAAACUUUGGAAUUUGUUCAAGUUUGGUCUUAGUCGAGUAGAGCAUGUUGAUUAUCAUACUGAUAACUUGGUUAACAAUAUUGAUACAAAUCAAUUAUCACUUGUCGAUCGUUUUAUUUUAUCGCGUAUGGCAAAUACAGUAUCAAGAUGUCAACAAGGAUUUGAAAACUCAAGACUAUUUGAAGCAACAGAUGCUAUACGUCGAUUUAUUGUCGAAGAUGUUUGUGAUGUUUAUGUUGAAUUCAGUAAAGCAACUCUCAAUAAAUCAGAUCUUAGUCGAAGUGAAAAAAAAUUAACAUUAGAUGUUUUAUACAUGUGUAUGGAUGUAUCAUUACGUUUAGCACACCCAUUUAUACCCUUUGUUACAGAGGAAUUGUGGCAACACAUGAAUUCAGCACUUUCUAUUAAAAAUAGAAGUUUACCUUCCUUGAUGGUAGAAAAAUAUCCGAGCUAUCACACAUUUAUUCCGUUUAAAGAUAAUCAAGUAGAAGAGCAUUUUAAGGUUAUUUUAUCUAUUAUCCAUGCAUCAAGAUCUUUAAGACAAGGACACCAAAUUAGUAUAAGUAAAGAGUUACCUUUUAUCAUUUCAUGCAAUGAUUCUAUCUUAUUGGAUGAAAAUGGUCCUUUAAAGCUUUAUAUGAAAGAGAUUCAAAAUUUUAUUAAAGCAUCGAAUAUCACAAUUUAUGAUGAGAAGAAGGUAAUGUAA